AUGUCUUUUACUUUUUCCGGUAUAGAAAAGCCAUUGAUUGGAAAGAGUCUGCUUGAACACAAUCAUUUGUUUUUAAGGAAGCGCAAUUUUCAGUUAAGAAGACGCUAUCAUGGAGGAAAUAAUCGAAGCUUGCUGAAAGGAAUGCAACUCACUUUACAAAGAAACAUUGAUGCUUUGGAGAAGGAAAUUCAAGGUGAUCUUUCUUCUGAGGAAGGAAGCUUUACUCCCAAAGAGAAGGAAAUCGUGAGUCAAGUCGAGCGGGCAAAAAGGCAGAAGGAGAACCUUGUGAUGGAUUUACAGAAAUCCAUGGCCGAUUUGAAAAUUAACAAUGAACAAUUAGAAAAACUGACUGCAGACAGAGAGAAUAUUUGUGGGAACAAUUCUGCCAAACUCGAGAAACUGAAAUAUGACAUUGAUCUAUACACAAACAUUACCGGGAUCCGUUGGCAGUAUGAUUGUGAUCAAGAUGAGGUCAGAGGAUAUAUUUGCAAACGUGGCGUCCUGAAGCCUUUUUCCCUCAGCACAAAGAAACACUCAUUAUUCUUUAUUGCCAAUUAUUUAUGGGACCUGAUGGAACAAAGCUGA